AUUGGGCUGUAGGUGUUGUUAUAUUGUUGCCAGUCCAUCGGGGAAGUCAAGGGUGGUGUUAUAUGUCAUCACGAGGAAAGCCGUGCUUAUGCUCUCAUCUUAUUGGCAGAAUAUGGUAAUCGAUCAGUUUUGAUAACAUUGUGGUGAGUACAUAGCGGGUUAGGCCCACCACAGAAUCUUCUACAUUCGAUAUGCCAUCAUGGUGGGGGAAGUCUUCAUCAAAAGAUGCAAAGAAGACCACCAAAGAGAACCUCAUCGAUACUUUCCAUCGCCUGAUAAGUCCGAAUGAGCAAAAAGGAACCACAAAAUCGAAACGGAGCUAUAGACGUGGUCAUGAUGCAGCUGCUGAAAAGGUCUGCCGGUCCACUACAGUAUCGCGCGCAACUUCACCUUCCAAAGAAGUUUCUCGCUGUCAAAGCUUUUCAGCUGAUAGGGUGCAUUCCCAGCCACUUCCUCUCCCGGGAUUACGUCCUGCAGUGACACGCACCAUUUCUGAUGUCACCCAAUCGAAGCCAAUAUUAGAAAAACGUGGCAAACCGCCACUGCUUCUGCCACUUCCUAAACCUAACAAGCCUCAGAAAAGGUCAGAAAUAGUGAUUGCUUCAGUCUCUAGCAACUGUUCUGCUGAUAGCGAUGAUCGUGGAGAUUCUCAGCUUCCAAGCCCUGUUGGAAAUGAUGCUGAAAACGCAACAAAUGUUGCUUCCAGGAGCAAGUCAAGUAAUGUGCACAAAGAGCGCCCUGGUGCUAUUACCACCAAGAGUACCAAGGAAAUGACCAAGCCAACUAAUCAAUUCCUUAGUAACCAUACAAUGUCCACAUCACCGAGAGGUAUUGCAGCUGACAAUCACCAACCCAUUCUACAAAAUCUUCGGCCGGUAGUCUUGGAGAGUGCUCCCAAUAGUUUGAUGUCAAGUCCUUCUAGAAGCCCGAGAAGAAUAUGCCCAGAUCAUAUUCCAACUUCAGCCUUUUGGGCAGUGAAGCCUCAUGCAGAUGUUACUUUCCUUGGCUCUGGUCAGUGCUCCAGUCCAGGUUCAGGGCAAACAUCUGGUCAUAACUCGGUAGGUGGUGAUAUGCUAGCCCAGCUUUUUUGGCAGCCCAGCAGGGGUAGUCCAGAGUGUUCACCAAUUCCUAGCCCAAGAAUGACAAGUCCUGGCCCUAGCUCCAGGGUGCAUAGUGGAAGUGUUUCUCCAUUACAUACGAGGUCUGGAGGGAUGGCACCUGGAUCUCCAACAAGUCAGAAUGAUGGUGGGAAGAAGAAGCAAACUCACAGAUUGCCCCUUCCACCAUUAAGCAUCUCAAAUAGUUCAUAUUUUCCAAACAAGUCCACGCCGGCCAGUCCUAUUUCAGUACCUCACAGUCCUGGUAGAACAGAGACUCCACCAAGUCCGGGAUCACGAUGGAAGAAGGGCAAGCUGAUUGGCCGUGGGACAUUUGGCCAUGUAUAUGUUGGCUUUAACAGUGACAGCGGUGAAAUGUGUGCUAUGAAAGAGGUUACCCUAUUCUCAGAUGAUCCUAAAUCAAAGGAAAGCGCAAAGCAGUUGGGGCAGGAAAUAUCACUCUUGAGCCGCUUACAACAUCCAAAUAUCGUACGAUACUAUGGCUCAGAAACGCAGGUUGAUGACAAACUCUAUAUAUACUUGGAGUAUGUAUCUGGCGGAUCUAUCCAUAAACUUCUACAGGAGUAUGGACAGCUUGGUGAACCAGCAAUACGCAGCUACACCCAACAGAUACUUUCUGGAUUAGCUUAUUUACAUGCGAAGAAUACAGUCCAUAGGGAUAUAAAAGGUGCAAACAUACUAGUUGAUCCUAGUGGUCGUGUUAAGCUUGCAGACUUUGGAAUGGCUAAACAUAUCAAUGGGCAGCAAUGUCCUUUCUCAUUUAAGGGUAGUCCAUAUUGGAUGGCUCCAGAGGUUAUAAAAAGUUCAAAUGGAGGAUGCAAUCUUGCGGUCGACAUAUGGAGUUUAGGAUGCACCGUCCUGGAGAUGGCUACCUCAAAACCCCCAUGGAGCCAGUAUGAAGGGAUUGCUGCAAUGUUCAAGAUUGGAAAUAGCAAGGAACUUCCACCAAUACCAGAUCACCUCUCAGAGCAGGGCAAGGACUUCAUCAGAAAGUGCCUGCAACGUGAUCCUUCUCAACGUCCCUCGGCAAUGGAGCUUUUGCAACACCCGUUCAUACAAAAUAGAGUCCCACAUGAGAAAUCUGUUAUUUCUGAUUCUUUGGAACAUCUGGCUGUGAUAUCUUGUAGACCAAGUUCCAAGGUGGUUGGGCACACAAGAAAUAUCUCGUCAUUGGGAUUGGAGGGUCAGACGAUUUACCAGAGAAGGGGCGCAAAGUUUUCUUCAAAACACAGUGAUCUCCAUAUACGGAGCAAUAUAUCCUGUCCAGUUUCUCCAUGUGGAAGUCCUCUGUUAAGGUCAAGGUCUCCCCAAAAUACAAAUUGCAGAAUGUCACCCUCUCCAAUUUCGAGCCCGAGAACUCUUUCAGGCGCUUCCACUCCCCUGUCUGGUGGUAAUGGUGCCAUUCCUUUUAACCAUUUAAAGCAACCAACCUAUAGCAAUGAAGGAUUUGCAAUCGCAUCAAGCGGUCCAGAUGAUCACUUCCCCAGCCGGCCUACAGAUCGUCACAUUGGACAAUUUGUUAGAGUGCAUCAAGUCUCACAGGGGCUUCAGGAAAGGGUAGCUUCUGACACUGACAUUCUGAGCCCUCAAUUUGGAAAGAGGCUUGGAAACGUUUUUGAUUUGCGUGAUAGAUUGUCACCUUCUGAACAUUUCACUCGUCAUGCCUUUGUGGAUCAUGUGAAGCCAAAUCCUUCACUAGACUUCACAUCUGGUUCUCCACACCUUGGACUGAGGCGUGAUAACUAAGUAUCAAGGAUAAACAGCCAAGUGGUAUUUUUUUUGAAGCUUGGCAAGGUAACUGAGUGGUUUUCAGCUGCUUUCGUCAUUCAGUAGCUGGACUGUAUCAUAGCAUGACUGUAUGGGAAAUAUCAUUGAUUUAUUUUGAAGCUAACAGCUGUCGACGGAUGGAGUCUUUGUUGUCAUCGCACAAAUAGACAAAGACUGUCCAUCUCUGUCAGGCAGGACAAUUCAGCUUUGCAUACUAGAGCUGGCGUGCUAACAUGUGUCAAAAUGACCGAAGUGUAUACUGAAGAUCCCGUACAAACUGAAGGGCCCAGAGUAGUAGCUCGCCGCCUGUAUACUCCACUCGCUGUUAUAUGUAAUUUAUUCUUUUAUGGCGUCCCGAUGCCAUUGUACAGAAGUAAUCUCAAGUGAAAGCCAAUCUUUUGCACAGAAGUAACAGUUGAGCCAUCCAGCACCUGGUCUCCUAACAACGACACAUCUCACCUGAGGGUUGAAGCUACCGCUGCAAGUUAAACUUAGUACUGAAAGUGCUUUGCAGCAGCGUCAGCAGAUGUGCAAACCCGUUAACUGUAUCAGUUACUUUGGAGAUUCAUAAAAUGAAUAUAUGAUCCCUGAUUAAAUUA